AUGGCUUCAACAAUUCAUAUGAAGACGAAGUAUCAUAACGAUAUUGGAAAAUCAAACUUCAUUUCAUUCAAUCUACACGGGGCUUACUUGACACAUGAGACGAUACUCAAGAAUCCCUUAGUGAUUGGGGUCGCCAGUGAAAAGAAAAAGAAGAAGACUCAGAGGACUACUGUCAGCAUAGUUGACCUUAACGUGAGAGAGAUGAAACCCUACAAGAUGAUGAGCUCGGCUUUUCAUUUUAUAGUUAAUGCAAAAACCUUAAGGCCAGUUCUAGACGAAAACUUUAAGAUUUUCAUGGCUAGACCGUUUAAGCUGGUGAAGAACAUUAAUGAUACGAAGGAGCUUUGGAAACUUGCUGUUCGUAUCCAUCACAAAUGGACAGUUGUUAAUAAGAACAAGGAACAUUUUGAGUUGGUUGUCGUUGACAAAGAUGGUUGUGACAUCCAUGUCAAAGUUCCACAUCCUUUUAAACAAGCCUAUGAUUCACUAUUAACCGUUGACAACACUUAUACAAUCUCGAACUUCCAAGUCUCUCUUAAUGAUUUACUUUUCAAGCCUUCAGAUCACAAGUUUAUAUUGACAUUUACUGGUGGUACAUCUGUUACAGACAAGAAUAAACAUGAUAUUCCUGCAAAGCCACUUAAAUUCACUUCUUUUACUGAUAUCAUGACUGAGAAUUGGAAAAAGGAUGUUCUAAUAGAUGUCAUUGGAAUGGUGACAGAAAUUGGUUACACCCUACUUCAACAAGGGGGCAAGAAACAGCAGAUCAAUAUAUUGUUGAAAGAUUUGUCGAACAACAUUUUGAAUUGCACUUUGUGGGAAGGAUAUGCAGUGCAAUUCCAUGAUUUCAGUAAGAAUCGAAAGGAUACCACUCCAAUCAUAAUUGUUUUGCAAUAUGCAAAAGUCAAGGAAGAAGGAAAGUAUCCAUUGUCUGUUUCCAACACUUUCAACGUUACAAGGUUGCAUGUCAAUGAUGACUUACCUCAGAUAAAAGAUUUUAUUGGAAGCCUACCAAAAUACACUGAAUCGGAAUCUUCAAGCCAAGCUUUGAGUUUGCAGUCCCAAACUAUGUCACAAUACUCAAAUUCUUCUCAGCACAGUCUUUAUGAUAAGCUUAUGUAUAAGGCAACUGUACAUCCUUUGGCUGAUAUUGUAAAACUCAAGGAGCUGGCUCAAUGUGUUACCGUGGCAACGAUCACCAAACUGAAAGCUGCUCAAGGUGGAUGGUAUUACCAAGCAUGUCAUGAGUGUCCUAGGGUUGCCAAAGGAAUGCUACCACCUUAUGAAUGUCCGCUUGGCCACAAAACAGAGACUGCAAUUUACAGGUAUAAAAUUUUAAUUGAGGUUUUUAAUGCUGGAACUAAAGCUACCUUUGUAAUAUGGGACCGUGAAGCUUUUCAACUUUUGAAGGCUGGCAUUACGGACCCUCUUGAGUUCCCUGCGACACUUGAUACUUUAGUUGGAAUGACAAUGGUUUUCAAAGUCAAAUGGCAACCUGACUGGGACAAUGGAUCUGUUAUGUCUAUACUUGAGGAUGACAUUGUUAAAAGGGAUAUACUGCGUUCGUUUGGCCAGGAAUUGCCUGAUUCCCAGAUGAUAACCACUCCUAAUCUAACACAGAACAAUGAGAGUGUUGCUGAAGCUUCUCAUUUGGACGAUUGGGACAUCAUUCCGGAAACCGAUAUUACGUCUAAUACAUUGUCGGAACCGCUUACACCAACAUCAGCUGCCAAACGGAUUGCUCCACAUGAAUCACAAGACAUUACUCCUUUGUCUCAGACGUCUGAAGGACAACAGUCUUUAACAAAAAUGAAAAACAUAUCAAACUGGAGAAUUAGAUUGCUUUCCAUGAAUAUUUUGUGA